AUGACAACUUUGGACAGAGAAGAACAUGCUGGAAUUGGAUCUGAGGAGAAAAACUCAUCAAAACGCACGGUUAUGGAAAAUUUGGAAAAAGAAUUUGCUGAAAUUGCAGUAGAGGAGGAAUUUCCUGAUGAAUUUCAGUGUUGCGUCUGCCUGGAUCUCUUGUACAAACCAGUUGUCUUAGGGUGUGGUCACCUUUCAUGCUUCUGGUGUGUUUUCAAAGCUAUGGAUAGUUGGCAGGAGUCGCACUGUCCAGUUUGUCGGGAGCCCUAUAAUCAUUUUCCUAGUAUCUGCAGAUUGAUGCAUAUCUUGCUUGUGAAGUUGUACCCAAUAGCCUAUAAAAGAAGGAAAAGACAAGUGUUAGAGGGCAGCAAAAAAGGUGCUUACAUAUCAAGAAUUACUUUUUCUUUGGAGACAAUGGUGGAAGAGGGACGUGCAAGUAUUCUUACAUUGUGCAGUUCUGUGACUCUGUCAUCCAAUUCUGGCGAGUUGCAUGAACGACUACGCCAUACUGCUUGCCAAAGUCUUCCGAAGAGGUUUGACUUUAAUGAGCUUGAGCAUAUAUUGAAGUAG